CCUGUCGGCGGUCAGAGUUUUACCCCCCCCCCCGUGUCCUUUCCACUUAUCUCCCAGUUCCCGUCCCCUAUUGCCCUCCACCUACUUUUCCUCUUUCUCUCGUUUAUUCGCUUCUCCCCUCCUCUGCUCCCUAAACUUGCUCCAACCUCUCUCCACCAUUUUCUGUUGCCCUCUUUGCCCAGCUGUGUGAUUUUGCAUAAUGGGAAAGACAGGGUUGUACUCUCUGUAUAAGAGCUUUCUGGACUGUAUUUGCCUUUGCCUGUCUCACAGAUCUAUUUGUGUUGAAUGCGACAAUAGGAGAGACGCCGACAAUGGUCACCUGAUCUACAAAAGCGGGGACAUCAUACAAGACAGAUAUGAGAUAGUCAACACUUUAGGCGAGGGAACAUUUGGGAAGGUGGUGCGAUGUGUGGACCACAGAAGAGGGGGAUUGUCCACGGCUCUGAAGAUCAUUAAGAACCUGGAGAGAUAUAGGGAGGCCGCAAAACUUGAAAUCAACGUGCUGGAGGAGAUAAGUGAGAAAGACCCGCACAGCAAACAUCUGUUCGUACAGAUGUUGGACUGGUUCAACUAUUAUGGCCAUGUGUGCAUCUCCUUUGAGCUACUAUCUCUCAGCACCUUUGACUUCCUGAAAGAGAACAACUUCCUGCCCUACCCGAUUGAUCAGAUCCGCCACAUGGCCUACCAGAUCUGCCAUGCAGUCAACUUUCUCCAUGACAACAAGCUGACUCACACAGACCUGAAGCCAGAGAAUAUCCUCUUUGUCAACUCUGACUACACCCUCACAUACAACGCUGAGAAGAAAUGUGAUGAGAAGAGAGUCAAAGAUACUGCGGUGCGGCUGGUUGACUUUGGCAGCGCCACCUUUGACCAUGAACACCACUCGGUCGUCAUCUCCACACGUCACUACCGCGCCCCAGAGGUCAUACUAGAACUGGGCUGGAGUCACCCGUGUGAUGUGUGGAGUAUUGGCUGCAUCCUGUUUGAAUACUACCAAGGCUUCACGAUGUACCAGACUCAUGACAACAAGGAGCAUCUCGCCAUGAUGGAGAGGAUACAGGGGCCUCUCCCGCAGAGGAUGAUCCACAGAAGCAGGAAACAGAGGUAUUUUUGCUGUGAGCGUCUGGACUGGAAUGAGAACUCCAAGGCGGGACACUACGUCAAAGCCAAAUGUAAACCGUUAAAGAACUACGUGCUGUCAAAGGGGAUGGAUCACUCUCAGUUCUUUGAUCUGCUGCAGAAGAUGUUGGAGUACGAGCCCCCCAAGCGAAUCUCUCUCUCCUCUGCCCUUUGUCAUCCGUUUUUUCUGCCUCUUCAUUGUCAGACGGGAUGCACCCAGGGCUGGGGCAGCACCCGUGACACCUGAAGAUGAUCCUGGCUCUCGAAUCUAGAAGCAAACGGAAUGAAGUCAUAACGCUAAUAUCCGUUUGUCUAAACACACCAUCAUUCAAUAUCUGACAUUUAGAGGAUCCCUCUUGUACAAAUACUCUUAUUUUGCUGAGCGAGGACUGGAGUGAAAGUAGUACGAGUUUGUGACGAGGUUCAGGACGGUGUGAUGGGAGGGCAUGUUGGAAAACGGCAAUUUGGGCACGUGGAACGAUUUGUUAGCAAUCUAGCAAAGCACAGCACUCAGUCAGUGAAGGUCCCCAUUUUCUGGGGUUUCUUGAUGCAUUUCACAACCACUAAUAAUCCCUACGAAGAGCGAGAAGAGAGCAAUAGUUCCCAGCUGUCUGGUUAGCAACUAUACCCAUCAUCCAUGGUCAAGACUUCCCCUCCCAGACAGCAUCCGGAUGUGGGCCACCUCAGGCAAUGAUGCGGCACUGAUGGCCUUCUGGCCCU